AUGUCUCUCGCCCUGCAACACUUCCCCAAGGCCCAAGAGGCCAAGCUGCCUUUCUACGGUGAUUACAAGAAUCUUUACAUUGGCGAUACUGUUUCCAGCACGAAAGAUGACCCGGUUGCUCCCCUGACCAGUGGAUUCUUCCGUGCCGAGGCCGGCGCUAAGACAACCUCAACCUACACUUACUUUGAGGUCAAGCUCGUUGUCGAAGGCGACUUGAUCGUCUCUGACGGUACAGGCCAAAAGGUUAAUGCUGUGGCUGGCGACGUCUUGUACUUCCCCAAGGGCGCUACCAUUACUUUCGAGUCCAAGAACGGAGGGGCUGCUUUCUAUGUUGGACAGAGGGCCCAGAAGUUUGAGUAG